UUUCACCAACCACUAAACUCUUUGUUAAAAGAAACGCAUAACGAAAAAUGAAAGUUGUAAUUUUGGCGUUAUUUUUGCUUGCCUGCAUGGUGUCAAUGAUACAAGGAGGCUGUUUGGGAAGACCAAAAACUCCUUCUUGUGAUGAGGUGUUAGACGAAGGACAUGACGUUGAAGGAGGUUAUGCUCAUCGCAUGUGGUUCUUUAAUGCCGAGUCGGGUUUAUGUGAACAAAUGCAUUAUAAAGGAGCAGGUGGCAACAAUAAUCGUUGGUGCUCCAAAGGUGAUUGUGAUCACCAUUGCAAAGCUUAAGUUGUUGCCUUGGUUAUGGAAGUAAGGGUAAAAUUUAUAUUGAAAAUGUGAAUGAUUGUAAUAAAAAAUCUGUUGUCAUAUCUUAA